AUGUUUACAUAAAGUCCAAAGGUGAAAUAAAAAACUGUUGCUAACAAUCAGGGUCUUGGAUCUAAUCCCAAUUUUAUCAAUAAUUCAGAGGGAGAUUACUUGGUAUCUUAGAGUUAGCUUAUGAGCAAUAUAGAGAGCAAUAGUAACUUCAAUGGAACUGCCUAAUUUGGACAAGGUACAGUUUUAAGUAUGAGCGAGUAUAAUUACAAUUAGAAUCCUACGACCUUGAAUCUGCAGUCAACUUUAAACUUGAAUAAUAAUUUCAAUGUUAAUGUGACUGUUCCUUAAAAUAUCUAAGAGGCUGCAUUUUUCUCUAAUAAUAACGUCAUUUAAGUUUAAUAACUUAAUAACAACUAAACACCUAAGUUUAAUUCACUAAUGCACAAUAAACCAGCGGAGAAUUAAAACACAGUUACAGAUUAAGUAAGCGAGAGAGCAUUCUCAAUAGUUAACAAUACUUUAAAUAAUUUGACAUCUCCAAAUAGAUCAGAAUAAUUGCUUGAAAGUGUCUAGACUAAACGAUAAUUUAUGGAUAAAAAGAACAAUAAUUUGUUCACAGUCCAAUAGCUUUCUGAAUGUGAAGAAGAAAACAUCGAGGAUACAAUAGAGCCAGUGCUCUCAAUGGAUGCCAAUAUAAAUAUUCUUAUGGGAUCACAUUUUAAACCUUCUUAAAAGAAGUCAAAUUCUGAAAUUGAAUUUCCAGAAGAACAAAAACCCUUCUAAAAUUUGUGA